AUGGAACUCUGGUGGUUGAAGGUUCUGUGUAUCCAGUGGGAGGUCAGGAACACGUUUCAAGGAGAUUGCGUUUGGACCGCGGCUAUUGCCAGGUGCUCGUAUCGGAAUGACUUUGUUGAUGGUCAGCCCGGAGAAGUAUCACCGGUAUUUCAGGCAACAAAGUACGGAUGGAUUCCGCUUCCUUCGCGAACCUCCUCAGCUAUCGAUUGA